AUGUUUAGAAUUGAGGUGGCAAGGGCUCUAGCAGUUAAGCUCGUCUCGGCCAUCGCCUACAUGCAUAGCAGAGGCUAUGUACACGGAGACGAGUUAUCUGUCGAGCAAUUCUAUAGGACAUACGGCCAUCCCGAGAGAUACGAGGUUUCUCACGUUGAUGGUGGCCCAUUGCCGCCAAAUAUCCCCAUAGAAGCGGUGCGCUUAGUUAAUAUUGGGAAAAAAGCAAAGGAAAUAUCUCUAGAGGAGAUCGACUUGCUAGUUGUUGACUUUGGCGAAUCAUUCGCCCCCGAGUUGAGCACGCGACCCUGCGAGGACUGUCGAUCGCACCUGGCAGCUCGACCGCCAGAAUCACAUUUUGAGCUGCUCUCGCCGCUUUCUUUCUCCGCCGACAUCUGGUGCCUAGGCCUAGCCAUUUGGGAUCUUUUCGCUAUACGUCCGCUCUUCGCUGCCGCAUUCUCCCCCCCAGCAGCGAUCAUUGCACAGCAUGUGGACGCGCUGGGCCCCUUACCAAGCCGCUGGUGGUCGCGGUGGGAAGAGCGGCAUGACUAUUUUGACGAGGAUGGUAACUCUAUCCAGGGAAAGUACGGCGGGCCUACGCUGAACAAGGCGUUCGACGACUGGCUUCACAAGUACCGAGCGAAGUUCAAUGCAGGCGUCUUCUCCGAGGAGGAAAAGACGGCCUUCUUACAGCUAUUGCGUCGCAUGCUCUCCUAUGAUCCGCUACAACGUCCUACUGCCGACGAAGUGCUCAAGUCUGGUUGGGUAGCCAACUGGGCGAUGGACAACUUUGAGAAGAGCUUCAACGGCGCCAUAAGUGACGUGCAAUACGACUGA